CUUUCACUUUUCUUUUUUAAUAGACAACAUAUCUGAUUCAUUGACAAGACCACAAUCUGAUCCCAAAGAUGUGUUCCACGAACCCAGGCAACUGGGUCACAUUUGAUGAUGACCCCACUUUUCAGUCUUCUCAAAAGUCAAAGAAUUUCCCUCUGGAGAAUCAAGGCAUUUGUCGGCCAAAUGGACUUAAACUGAACCUUUCUGGCCCUAAGGAGUUUCCCAGUGGAUCUUCCUCUACCAGCAGCACCCCUCUGUCCUCUCCCACCAUAGACUUUUACUUCAGUCCAGGACCUCCAAGUAACUCUCCUCUUUCUACACCUACCAAAGACUUCCCAGGUUUUCCUGGCAUCCCCAAAGCAGGGACUCAUGUGCUUUAUCCUAUUCCAGAAUCAUCUUCAAACAGUCCACUUAUAACAGCAACAGGUUCUUCCUCAUUGGCUACCAAGCCAACCUGUUUCUCCCAAGCUUCCUUACCCAGUGACCACUCAUGUAUACAUCCAGCCUCCAAAGUGGGUCUUGCAGAUGAAAUGAGCCCUCACCAGGCUGAAGGGUUCCAAAGUGAUACUCCCCAAUUUCAGUAUUUUCGGGAGGACUGUGCCUUUUCAAGUCCAUUUUGGAAAGAUGAAGGCGGUGCUUCCCAGCUCACCUUCGACCCUCCAGGAAGCAGAAAGAUCUUCCCAUCAAGAGACAGAGAGGUGCCUAUGGAUCAAAAAGGCUUAAAUCAGUGUUCAUUCAACUACAUCUGUGAGAAGCUUGAAUAUCUCCAAUCAGCUGAGAACCAAGACUCAUUUGGAAAUUUGUCUAUGCAGUGUCUGUAUGCUGAAGACGCUGCCUCUUCCUUUGUCCCCCACAUGCUCUUCAGGAGUCAGCCGAAAGCCGGAUGGUCUUUCAUGAUGAGAAUUCCAGAGAAGAAGAACAUGAUGUCUUCCCGUCAGUGGGGGCCAAUUUUUCUAAAAGUCUUACCUGGAGGAAUUUUGCAAAUGUAUUAUGAGAAGGGGUUAGAAAAACCAUUUAAAGAGUUACAGCUCGAUCCAUACUGCAGGCUUUCGGAACCAAAAGAUGAGAACUUUAGUGUGGCUGGAAAAAUCCAUACUGUGAAGAUUGAACAUGUGUCUUACACAGAAAAAAGGAAAUACCAUUCUAAGAUAGAAGUAGUUCACGAACCAGACAUAGAACAAAUGCUGAAGUUGGGGUCCACAGAGUACCAUGACUUCCUCGACUUUCUGACCACUGUGGAGGAGGAGCUGAUAAAGCUGCCGGCUGUUUCAAAACCAAAGAAGAACUAUGAGGAACAAGAAAUUUCCCUGGAAAUUGUGGACAACUUUUGGGGUAAAAUCACUAAAGAAGAAGGAAAAUUGGUUGAAAGCACUGUGAUAACUCAAAUCUCUUGCCUCUGCUUUGUGAAUGGCAACACUGAAUGCUUUUUAACCUUGAAUGACCAUGAGCUACAGAAGCGAAAUGAACGCUAUUUUGAGAAAGAUCCAGAAAAGAAGGGGAUUGAUAUUCUUGACUGUCAUUUUCAUAAGUGUGUGAAAGCACAAGAAUUUGAGCAAUCAAGAAUCAUUAAGUUUGUACCUCUGGAUGCCUGCAGGUUUGAGCUGAUGCGUUUCAAAACUUCACACAGCGGGGAAGAUCUUCCCUUUUCCCUGAAGUCGGUAGUGGUUGUCCAGGGGGCAUAUGUGGAGCUUCAGGCCUUUGUCAACAUGGCCCAUCCCAUGUCGGUCCAGAGACCAUCCCAUGCCGGUUCCUUGAGGUCCUGUGACAACAUAAUGAUACACUUUCCUGUCCCGUCUCAGUGGAUCAAGGCCCUCUGGACCAUGAACCUCCAGAGGCAGAAGUCCCUGAAAGCCAAAAUGAACCGCCGGGCAUGUCUGGGGAGUUUACACGAACUUGAAUCUGAACCUGUCAUACAGGUCACGGUGGGGUCCGCAAAAUAUGAGAGUGCCUACCGGGCUGUGGUGUGGAAGAUAGACCGGCUUCCUGAUAAAAAUUCAAGUAAAUAUUCAACACGCUAA